GUUGACAAAAGCUUGAUGUAGAUUGAAUUUCAUUAUUUUAACAAAUCAUGGUCACAUAACCCUUGAUUCCAAUACACUAUUACCACACUAUUACCGUAGGAAUAAAAACUUUAACUGGGAGUUUAUCUUAUCUAGAAGAUUGUAAAAUUGAAUGCAGAAAUUGAUGGAGGAGGGUUUAUUCGGCGACGAGUAGAGUAGAUCUGCACGAUAACCACGAUCGAGGAUGAAUAGCCGUCACCGAAACAUCAAAUCGAAGAGAUUCGAACGCCGAUUGGUAAAGUUCGAAGAGCUACCUGAGUAUUUAAAAGACAGCGAGUUCAUCCUCGACUAUUACCGUUGUGAAUGGCCAGUCAAAGAUGCUUUGUGGAGCGUCUUCCAAUGGCACAAUGAAACCCUCAACGUUUGGACGCACCUAGGAGGCUUUCUCAUAUUUGCUGUGUUGGCAGUGAUGAGCACAACCACGCAGCUAUGGAAUUUGCUCAGAUCAUCGAGGGCGCUCAUGUUGUUUACGACCACCAUGACGGAGACAAACAACUCUUACAGUGACGAUUUCCUGGAUUUGCAUUUGAGACGCAUUAUAGACCCAUCCAUCCUUCAUGAUAUGAGAGGAUCUGGAGUAGAAAGAAUUCCUCGAUGGCCAUGGUUCAUUUUCUUAGCUGGAGGAAUGGGUUGUCUUGCUUGCAGUUCUCUUUCCCAUCUUCUGGCCUGUCACUCCAAAGACUUUAGUCUAUUUUUCUGGCGUCUAGACUAUGCUGGCAUUUCUCUUAUGAUUGUCUGUUCCUUCUUUGCUCCAAUUUACUAUGUGUUUUUCUGCAAUCCUUAUGCAAGGUUACUCUAUUUGGGGUCAAUAUCUGUGCUUGGACUCCUCGCUAUUGUUACCCUACUUGCACCUUCACUUUCUGCACCUCGGUUCCGACCAUUGAGAGCCUCUUUAUUCCUUUGCAUGGGCUUUUCAGGUGUGAUUCCCGCAGCUCAUGCUCUUGCCCUGCAUUGGGGCCAUCCCCAUAUAUUUGUUGCACUUGGUUACGAGCUUACUAUGGCCAUUCUAUAUGCUGUUGGAGUUGGCUUUUAUGUUAGUAGAAUACCAGAGCGUUGGAAGCCUGGCGCAUUUGAUAUUGCAGGGCACAGCCAUCAAAUAUUUCAUGUUUUUGUUGUUCUUGGGGCACUUGCUCAUAGUGUUGCCACACUUGUCAUAUUGGAUUUCCGACUGGGAUCGCCAACCUGUGCGUAUUAACCAGUUAACAAUAAGCUGUUUGUUAAAACUCCUGACAGCAAAAUAAUUAGAAUUUUAUUAUGUUGGUUUUCCUUUUGCAUGAAUUGCAAAUAUAACUGUUGCAUGAAAUGGCUGGUCGUGACAGAUGAGAGUGCAGUUAAACUUUCUCAGCAGAGUAGUAAUGCUGUGUUUUAAACAAUUCAGAUUUAAUUCAGACAACCCAUUCAUUAGAAUCUUGAAACAAAAUGUAAUAACAGAAAAAACCAUGAAGACCAUUAAAAUGGUUUUAAAGGGGACCU